GCGGCGGCGGGGCCACACGCCUCCUCCGCAUGACGCAAGAGCCGACGUCACUCCGCUCGAUCUGGGCGCGGACGCCAAGGACGCGACGACCCAAGUCGCGACGCCACCAGCUCCCCAUCUCCUCAGACGCCAUGGAGGAAGCCCACGGCCACAGGCCCUCCUCCACCGCCGGCCGCCCCUUCCUCUCUGGCCUCUGCGCCGCGGCGCUCCGCCGGAAGCCCCUCGGCGCCCACGGCUCCGCCGCCGCCGCCGCCACCGGCGAGGGCCUCGUGCGGCAGCUCGGCGUCCUUGAGCUCGUUCUGCUCGGGAUCGGUGCGUCCAUCGGCGCCGGCAUAUUCGUCGUCACUGGCACCGUCGCCCGCGACGCCGGCCCAGGUGUUACAAUCAGUUUUGUUCUUGCUGGAGCUGCGUGUGUGCUCAAUGCAUUGUGCUACGCUGAACUCGCAUCUCGGUUCCCUGCUGUGGUUGGGGGAGCAUACUUGUACACAUAUGCAGCAUUCAAUGAGAUCACCGCCUUCUUGGUCUUCACUCAGUUGAUGGUGGAUUACCAUAUCGGUGCAGCAAGCAUUGCUCGUAGCUUAGCAAGCUACUUUAUCCAAUUCUUGGAGCUAAUCCCGUUCUUGAAGGGCCAAAUUCCAAGCUGGAUAGGUCAUGGGGAGGAGUUUUUUGGUGGUGUCAUAUCAAUUAAUAUAUUGGCCCCCAUUCUUCUCAUCAUCUUAACAGCGAUUCUCUGCCGUGGUGUCAAAGAGUCAUCAGCAGUGAACACGUUUAUGACAACAUUGAAGAUAAUCAUUGUUAUAGUCGUUGUAUUUGCUGGUGUGUUUGAGGUGGAUGUAUCAAACUGGUCACCAUUUAUGCCAAAUGGUUUCAAAUCUGUAGUGACUGGAGCCACAGUAGUCUUUUUUGCAUAUGUUGGAUUUGAUGCGGUUGCUAAUUCUGCUGAGGAAGCCAAAAGGCCACAGAGGGACUUGCCCAUCGGUAUACUAGGAAGCCUUCUAGCAUGUGUGUUGUUAUAUGUUGCUGUAUGCUUGGUCAUUACUGGAAUGGUUCCAUAUACAUUACUCGGUGAAGAUGCUCCUUUGGCUGAGGCUUUUGCUGCCAAGGGCCUGAAAUUUAUUACUGUAUUGAUCAGCAUUGGAGCUGUUGCUGGACUUACUACAACACUUCUUGUUGGCUUGUAUGUUCAGUCACGUCUGUAUCUUGGACUUGGAAGGGAUGGGCUUCUACCUUCAGUAUUUGCUAAAGUACACCCAACGAGGCACACUCCUCUGCAAUCUCAGAUUUGGGUUGGUUGUGUUGCAGCAGUCAUGGCAGGCCUCUUUAAUGUGUCUAUGCUCUCUCAUAUUCUUUCCGUUGGCACUCUGACUGGUUAUUCAGUUGUAUCAGCUUGUGUGGUCACUCUAAGAUGGAAUGACAAAGGAACUAGUCGUCGCUCCCUUGGAAGUAUGUCAAUCUGGCAAGAGGGUGUUCUAUGUCUUGUCAUAGUUGCUCUUUGUGGUUUUAUAGUGGGAAUUUGCUAUCGCUUUAACUAUGCUAUAGCCUUUAUGGUAGUGGCUUUUGUGAUAGCUGUUGCUGCCAGUUUUGCUCUCCAGUUUCGUCAGGUCUAUGUGGAUCCACCUGGCUUUUCAUGUCCUGGGGUACCGUUGCUUCCCAUUAUCUCUGUUUUCUUCAACAUGGUCCUUUUUGCUCAGCUACAUGAAGAAGCUUGGUAUAGAUUUGUCAUCCUUAGUCUCAUCGCUUUGGGAGUUUAUGCUGGCUAUGGUCAGUACAAUGCUGUUCCUUCCAGCUCAGAAAACUCUACUAUUGGUUACCACGGCAUUCCUACUGAGGCCCCAUGAGCAGACGAGCUAUGGUCAGCCUCCAAGUUCUUUGAAAAUAUUGUACAAUACCAUCGUCACCGAAGUUGGGACCUGUUUAACUAUUGCACAGUGCAUACUCUGUACUUACGCUUUGUACUCCUAUGUAGACAGUGAAUUUCUUAGCCUGUAGAAUGAGAUGUUGUAGACUUGUAGUGUCCACUAUACCAUUCGUCAAGGAGCAUUACAAGUGCGUAGACCUUGUAAGAAAUAAAUGAAAAUAAAGAACUGCAGAUGCAUUCUUUGUAGGAACGCAUUGUCAUGCACUGUAUAUAUAUUGUGUUUAUAUUUUGUGAAGAGAUCA